AUUCUAUCUCUAGAUUUAAUACUCACUAAAUAUGCCCAAGUACGCAACAUAUAUUUUGUGGGCAUUCCUUGUGUGGCCUCAGUUCGGAGUUCGUGCAAGAGCUCAGGAUAAUUCCUCUCCUGUUUGUUCGUUGGCAGUAGAAAGUCAUCUUGCUGAAAUUAAGGAAUCAGUAAAAAGGCUUAGUGUUUCUCUGGGGAGAUCACUGGAGAUCCCUGCGAUCUUCGAACAAAUCGGGAACAGAUACUUUUACAUUGAAAAGGAAAACAGGCAGAAUUGGUUUGCUGCAGCAAACACAUGUCGGAAAAUGGGAGGACACCUAGCGACAAUCCAGAACCAGGAGGAGAUGGAUGCUAUAGCACCAAAGCUACCGGCUGGUGUCUUUUGGCUGGACAUCACCGACCUGGCCAAAGAAGGAGAGCACGUUUCUUCACUGACCGGAAAGCGACCACCGUUUUUCAAUUGGAAGGAGAACGAACCGGCGCCCAUCAACGAGCACUGCGUUAAUUUAUACACUGACAAGAUGUGCGAUGCCAAUUGCAACGCAGAAUUUUUCUUCAUUUGCCAAUAUAUAUAACAUAUUUCAACAUUUCUUCCUAAAUCCAAUCCAAUCCGAAGUCAAAUG